GUGAUUUAUAAAUCAGAGACAGAUUAUAGUGCCUAUUUGUGCCAUGGUUUUUCACUUGUGGAUGUAUGAACUGUACUUGUCGUAAAAGAGGUCAAUAUUUAUGAUUUAUUUUCUUAAGAAAGAAUUUUCCAUAGAAUGCUCUGUUUCGGAACCCGCCGGUGCAGAAGAAACCAGUCUCCCAGAAGCACAAAGAAUUUCAACCGAGACGUCGAAGAACAACGACAAGAAGAGUUUAAGUACGCAAGCACGCUCUCCUGGUCUUCACAUUACAGCGUUUUCGUUGUUCGUCUCGCCAUCAUGGUGAUGCUGGCGAUUCUGAUUGCGUUGUUAACCUUACUAACAUGGCACUUCACCAGAGCUUACACGAAAAGAUCGCUAAGCACGCUGGCGUUCGGCCUCCGCCACGAGCUCCUCCAGAGGCCCAUACUGAGAAUGUGGAGCAUCCUGAACUCCACGGUGGAGAUAGCCACUGCCCAGGUGAAGAUGUCGGAGUUCGUGAUCAAACGUUAUAGCGGCGCCGUGACGCAAGCAGAGCAGGUGGAGCUCUAUGACGCCAUGAAGGAGGUGACGUGGGCGCUGUUUGCCAGCCGGAAAGCUCUCAGUUCCUUAACCAUCAACUACAGGAAUGGCUUCGUCCAGGCCUUCCACAGAGACCACCGGAGCAACAACACCUUCUACAUAUACUCCGACCUCUCCAACUACUCGAUCAGCGGAAGUUACAUGGAUGUCCCCGCCGCCGCCAGCAUGGCGGCGGCGGCGGCAUCCCGUCAGGGAUGGGACGACCGGUCCAUACGCAGCAACACGUCUGCAGUAUGGUACCGGGACCCGCUGGACCCCGUGACGGGGGCCAGGAUUGGGAAGCAGGGGGAGAUCCCGCCGGACGAGCUGAUCAACAUCGCCGGGAUCUCCCAAGUGCCCGACGGCACCGCCACCUGGCACGUCGCGGUCAGCAAGUACUCAGACUCCCCUCUCCUCUCCGCGGCGCUUCCCGUGUGGGACCCGGAGAACGAGAGCAUAGUGGCGGUGGUGGGAGUCACCACGGCGCUAUACAGCGUGGGGCAGUUGAUGAGGGAGAUUGUUGAGUUCCAUAGUGGACACAUAUAUCUAACCUCUCAAGAGGGAUGGCUUAUCGCCACCUCCACGAACACCCCUCUCUGGGUGAACUCGACGAAGAGGCCAAAGCUGAUCAUGGCCGUUGAUUCUGAGGACCCGGUGAUACAAGAAGGGGCAUUGUGCUUGCAGAGACAGUACGGAAACAACAUCCCACCGGGCGAAGAAGUCCACAUAGAGAAUGCAAAGCUUGGGAAUCAGCUGUAUUACAUUGACUCCUUCUUUCUGAACUUGAAGAGACUCCCCAUGUUUUUAGCAAACAUGAGUCAUGAACUAAGAACGCCCAUGGCUGCGGUUAUUGGUUUGCUGGACAUUCUUAUAUGCGAUGACGGUCUCACAAAUGAGCAAUCUGGGACCGUCACUCAGAUACGCAAAUGCUCAACUGCUUUACUCAGGCUCCUCAACAACAUUUUGGAUCUUAGUAAGGUAGAAUCUGGGAAGCUGGUUCUGGAAGAGACCGAAUUCGAUUUGAGUCGAGAGCUCGAAGGUCUCCUUGACAUGUUCUCCGUCCAAUGCUUUAACCACAAUGUGGAAACUGUUUUAGAUCUCUCUGAUGAUAUGCCAAAACUAGUUAAAGGGGACUCUGGCAGAGUUGUUCAAAUAUUUGCAAACCUACUGAGCAAUUCUCUGAAGUUCACAACUUCUGGCCAUAUCAUUCUCCGAGGAUGGUGCGAGAAUUCAAAUUCAAACACUCUCACAAGCAGCAGAAAGGGCCCGAUGGAAUCUUGGCCGAGUCCUAAAGUGAAGUUUAAGGAUCAAGAAGGAGGCCAUUGUGGAAAACCUUUCAAGAAGGACAAUGACAAAACUGUCCUUUGGUUUGAAGUUGAUGACACUGGUUGUGGGAUUGAUCCAAGCAAAUGGGAGUCUGUGUUUGAAAGCUUUGAGCAGGCUGAUCCCUCCACCACAAGAUUGCAUGGUGGAACUGGUCUUGGCCUAUGCAUAGUACGUACCCUGGUGAACAAAAUGGGUGGUGAGAUCAAAGUUAUGAAGAAAAAUGGUGAAGGCACUCUGAUGAAACUUUGUCUCCCACUGGACACUCCUAUGAAUGACAUAGGACAGUUUUGUCAUUUGAAUAUGAGAGAGCAGACAAUGACUGUAUUGCUUGCACUACAUGGGAGAAUGGGAAGGGUAAUAAUGUCCCAAUGGUUAGAGAAAAACGGAGUCCACACUCGUGAAGCAUCUGACUGGAAUGAACUCACGCAAAUGCUUCAAGGGCUUCUGACACGCACCUCUCUCUUUGCCAUAGUUAUUGACAUUGGACUGCUCGACUUGAGCACAGCCAUAUGGAAGGAGCAGCUUGGUUUUCUUGACAAAUGGAGUGGUAGAGCAAAGUUUGCUUGGAUUCUUUACCACGACACUUCCAACUCCAUCAAAUCCGAGUUGCGUAGAAGAGGGCAUCUCUUGAUGGUAAACCGACCGCUUUACAAGGGGAAAAUGAUUCAGAUUCUGGAAGCCAUAAUCAAUGCCAACAAACUUGAACCAAAAUCUUGUCUAGACAGCCCAGACAAAUCUGAAAACUCGGAAUACGGAAAGGGUAAACUCGUCACCGAGACAAAUUCAGAAGAUAAUACUACAUCAUCUUCCGAAGACUAUCCAAGGCAGGCAGGGAAGGGAUCAGUAGAAUUAAGCAAUGUUGGGUCCAGAAAGGAAACAAACCAACAAAAUCUUCUUGCAGGACUAAGAAUACUACUUGCUGAGGAUACGCCCGUGCUUCAGAGAGUUGCGACCAUAAUGCUGGAAAAAAUGGGAGCAAAGGUUGUGGUUGUAGGGGACGGGCAACAGGCCGUGGAUGCCAUCAAGUCCAAAGACCGCAGAGAUGACGAAGGAUCAUUUUCCCCGGCUUUUGACUUGAUCCUGAUGGAUUGUCAAAUGCCAAAGAUGGAUGGGUAUGAAGCAACAAAAGCUAUAAGAAGAUCAGAAGUGGGGAGUGGUUCUUCUUCACACAUACCAAUAGUGGCAGUGACAGCACAUGCAAUGUCAUCAGAUGAAGCCAAAUGUUUGGAGGUGGGAAUGGAUGCUUAUUUGACUAAACCCAUUGACAGAGACCUCAUGCUUUCCACCAUCCUCUCCUUAACCAAGAAAACACUCCUCCCACCACUGUCUUGUUGAUCUCUUUCAUUUGUGUCAAUCAGCCUAGUUGAUAAGGGAUAGUUUGGAUGGAAUUUAUUCAGAAGGGAUAAUAAGAAGAAAAAAAGAAAGAGGGAUAUGUGGUAAGAACUAAGAAGAGACCCAAACAUUUAACAUUGAGUUGAUAAUGAAUUAAUUAAUGCUAAGGGAUUGUUUGGGUGAUGUAUUUGACUCUUAAGAGUAAAUAAAAAGAAAAUAAACUGCUACAAAAAGGGGGGGCAUUCAAAAAGGAUAAUGAAUACUGUUAAGGGAU